AUGCCAACUCAAUUCAUUCGCAAUCGAAGUGCAUUUCCACAAAGUAGUGGAGAUGAUUUUAAUUACAAUCAACCGUUUCAUCAACCUGACGAAGAACCAAGACUUCAACCGAUGUCAUCUGCAGCUUCGGCAUAUUCAGAUUGUUUAUCACCGCCGUUGAUAUCCGGGAAACCAGCAAAUGAUCCUCUAGCCGGUGCAUUACUAGGGUUAUCCGACGUAAUCACCAAAUCUUUAAUUUCCCAUCCUUGUGCCGUACUUCGACGACAAUGCCAAGUUCACCAAUUCGCCAAUAGCCUUCACCUUACACCCGUUACUCUGGUUCCAGUUAUGUGUAAUGCUGUAGCCAAGGAGGGAAUUCAAACAUUUUGGAAAGGCGCUAUUGGAUCAAGUGUUCUAUGGGGGCUAGCGAAUGUCACCGAAAUCGUUCUUGGAGAUUUACUUGGUCUACCGAGAACGUUUGUGAUAAACGGAAGCUCGGAGAAAUAUUACAAGCAUAUAAUACUGAAAGCAACAACUUUCUUGGUUAUGACUCCAUUCUAUGUUUCAUCAUUUAUUGAAACUGUCAGGAGCGAAUCUGGAAUUGGCGCCGAUGAUAGCCGAGUUCUCGACGUUCUUGUAAGAGGAGUUGAUCGAAUGCGAUACUUCUUUAGUUCGGGCCGGGACCCUUCGAAGAAGUUUUCGAUUCUACAUCUAGCACUUCCAACAACCACUUUUCAAUUGUCGCAUUAUAUGAUCCAGUCAGCGCUUUACAACCAAUUCCAUAAAAUGGCAAGAAGAUAUGUGGCCAAGAAGCCGGCAUCGGAGAGAACAGCUUAUCACAACUUCGUGCCGCAGCUUUUCGCGCAAAUUUCUUCGCUUGUUGUUACAGAUGCCAUUCUAUAUCCAAUGGAAACUGUGCUACACAGAAUGUACAUUCAAGGCACAAGAACUCUCAUCGACAAUAUGGACACUGGACUCUCUGCGGUCUCCAUUACAGUCAAAUACACUGGAUUCUUUGAUUGUUUCAAACAAAUUUUAGAAAACGAGGGAUUCUGGGCACUUUACGCGGGUGUUGGCGCCGUUUUCUUGGAAUACUUGCUUCAUUCUGGUCUUCAGCAGCUCGUCCGCGCCUGCUUCGACAGAGGAUCUGAAUUGCUGCGUAAAGCCGCCGAAGGGCAUCCGUUGGCGCAAGCACCGCAAUUGACCCCGCCAAUUUCGACGAAAUCAAGCUUCAAUGGGCCAAUGUCGGGCCCAUUCGUCCCGAGUCUGUCUCCGAUUGCGACGCCAAGAAAAAUCUCGACGACUCCACCACGCGACCCGACCGAAUUCCCAACAUUUGGUGAAACCGUUUCACAAAUAAAUUCGCCAUUUCAAACGCCGCCGUAUGGCACAUCAAACCGGCCGAAUAUUUUUGGAAGUCCGCCAAACAGGACCCGUGCCUACGAUCCAUCAAUGAAUGAACCACUAAUGCUCAACAUCAAAUCAGAAAACCCAUUUAGCGGUUAA